GUUUUUCUUCUAUGGUUCUUACGAAAGCUAACUAAAAUGUGGCUGGGGAUUUCUUUUUCUCCUGGAAACUGGGAAGAGCAACCACAAAGAAAGUACAGAUGCUGAUCCACUUCACAGAAGGAACCUCCUCUGCGCUAUUUUCCCGCCAAACUCAAAUGCUCCGUUUUUUUUCUCUGCUUCAAAUUCCACAGAUACCUCUCCUAACCCAGUUCCCGCAUCAAGCUUCACUGUCCAAAUUUCCGUUUAGAGCAAUCCAUUUCUCCCCAAAUUCCUUUGAUCAAAGGGUUGUCCCCAAGAAACUUUGUGGGUAUUUUUCAUUUUCGAAUUCUGCUGUUUCCUCAUCUCCUCAUGAUGAUUUUGAUGUCGAAUUGGGCCGACUCCUGGCGCUGCUGCCUGAGGAGAUGAGAAGAAGAGUAAGCGAGCAUCCGGAGCUCCAUGACUUGGUUGAGGUGGUUAUGGACGUGGGUCGGAGGCCACUCGCCAGGUUCCCAUCUGGGGACUUUGUUUUAUCGGAUUGUCCGAUUACACUACAGGAUCUUGAGCACGCAACUUCACAGGUUGGUGACUUUGCCAUUGACAAUCGAGCAGGCAUCAGUCGGACAUUGCACCGCAUUAGUGCCAUCAGAAAUCGGAAGCAUCAAAUUAUUGGCUUAACUUGUCGCGUUGGUCGGGCAAUACCGGGCAGUGCUAGUUUACUGAGGGAUUUGGUUCAAGUUGGGGCUUCUAUUUUGCUUAUUGGGCCUCCAGGGGUGGGAAAGACCACAAUUAUCAGGGAAAUAGCUCGAAUGCUUGCAAAUGAUUACAAGAAACGAGUAAUGAUUGUUGACACUUCCAAUGAGAUCGGUGGGGAUGGUGAUAUACCUCAUGAAGGUAUAGGUAAUGCUCGCCGAAUGCAAGUUCCCAAUUCAGAUAUGCAACAUAAGGUAUUAAUAGAAGCAGUAGAGAAUCAUAUGCCCCAAGUGAUAAUUAUAGAUGAAAUUGGCACAAAACUCGAAGCAAUGGCUGCAAGUACAAUUGCACAACGUGGGAUUCAGUUAGUAGCUACUGCUCAUGGAGUUACAAUUGAAAAUUUGAUAGUUAAUCCUUCUCUGGAAAUGCUUGUUGGAGGAAUACAGAGUGUGACACUGGGGGAUGAAGAAGCAAAUAGGAGAGGAGUCCAGAAGACGGUGUUAGAGAGGAAAGGACCUUCAACAUUUAGUUGUGCAGUGGAGAUAAUUUCAAAGAAUGAGCUGCGUGUUCAUCGUAGCCUAGAGUCAACAGUGGAUGCCAUUCUCUCAGGUCGUCCACCAACUUUUGAAGUUCGCAAGAUGAAUUCUCAGGGGUUAAAGGAAACUGUACAAGUGGAACCUUCUAUUGACUCAUCUGUUGAGAACAGAGAUGCGAUAUCGUUUGAAGAUCUCCGGAUGAAAGAUGAAAGGAUUGCUAGUAAUGGGUUCAUUUCUGCAUCUCCUCUAAGUGAGGGUGAGAAUUCUUUAAAAGAUGAGACAACUAUUCGCUUGUAUGUUUAUGGGAUACUGGAGGCAAGUGUGAUUCAAGUGAUCAAUCAGUUGAAAAUGGAUACUGCAGUUCAAUUAACUGAUAAUAUAAGCGAGGCAGAUGCACUACUUGCCUUGCAGUCCAAGCUCAAGAAGAAUUCGGGGAUUCAAGCUGCUGCUAAAUCUCAUGACAUUCCCAUAUAUGUGACAAAGACAAGCUCAUUGGUGCAGAUAACAAAGGUCAUAAAGGAGUUGGCUAGUGAUUGUGCUAAUGGAUUGAAGGAUUCUGGAUCCGAAGAAAGUGCAAAAUCAUCAGAGAAGACUGAUGCCCUAGAAGAGGCAAGGAUAGCUGUUGAGCAGGUGGUAAUCGCAAGAGGAGAAUCAAUAGAGCUACUCCCAAGGUCAUCGCACAUUAUUUCACUUCAAAUGGAUUUCAUCCAAAAAUACAAAUUACAAUCAGAAAAAAUUGGUAGAGAGCCAGAUGUACGUCUCCGUAUCCUUCCAUAUCAGGCUAGGUUGGAUGAAGGUAGGAAGUCUAGUGAAACAGUUGGCACAGGUAGCAGCUUUGAUGAUUUCCUUGGUACCAGUGGUGAAUUAAAUGGAUCCCUCAACAUAGUGGGCAGGUUACCUCUCCUUCCUGAUUAAGUCUGGACUCCUUACCUUUGUACAAUGCUCUUGAUUAUGCAGUAUUUGAAACAUUGCUCUGUUGUCAUUUGUGGACAGGGGUAUCUUGUCUUAUUGAUUUCACAUACUACUGGUUCCUGGCCUCUAUGCAUAGUUUUUAUAUCAUUUCUAAAGUAAUGCAAAUUUACAUUUAUCAGCA